AUGGCAGAGGGAGGACCCAAGACAAGAGCCAUGCAGGGCCCUGAGAAGAACCAGUGUGGAUGGAACAGAAAGGCGGAGGGCUGGAGAAGACCCCCCAAGAGGACAAAAAGUGACUGUAGAUCACCUGACAUGUUUAAUGUUGGGGAAAUUUUUGAGAAGAGUUUUACAGUUGUGUUAGAGAAUUUGGAAUUCACGACAGGGAAUUAUUGGAAUGCAGCCUCGUUCCCAAACCCAUCAUCCUACCUGCACUUCUCCACUUUCCAAGGGGAAACCAGCGCUGACAUUUCCUUCUACUUCAAAACAUUAACCCCCCGAGGAGUGUUCCUUGAAAAUAUGGGGAAUGAAGAUUUCAUCAAGCUUGAGCUGAAAUCUGCCACAGAAGUGUCCUUUUCAUUUGAUGUUGGAAAUGGGCCAGUGGAGAUUGUAGUGAGGUCACCCUCCCCUCUCAACGAUGACCAGUGGCACCGGGUCACUGCAGAGAGGAAUGUCAAGCAGGCCAGUCUGCAAGUGGAUCGGCUGCCCCAGCAGAUCCGCAAGGCCCCGACAGAAGGUCACACCCGCCUGGAACUCUACAGCCAACUGUUUGUUG